AGAGCCGCCGCCGCUGUCCGAGAUGGUCCAUGGUCGCGCCAUAGAUCUUCUCCCCUGCGUUCAAGCGGAGAAAAGGUGCAUCUCUGAGGCUUUGGUCGAAGGCUCUUUGGUGUUUUGUUUUGUAGAUGCGGUGGUCGUCGCGGAUGGACUUCCUUAGCCCUGCUGGAGUGGCUUGACCUCGCGGUGGUUGCCUGUAAGUUUUUUCCUCCGAUUUAUCUCGGCUUCUGGGUGCCAAGGCCGGCAUCAGAUUCCAGUUCGUGUUUUGCUCUGCUGGUGUGGUUGUUUUUUCUCUUCAUUUGCUUUGGGUCUGUGCUCCUGGAUUAACUGAUACGAGGUUUCAGUAUCAAGAAAGCUCGUUAGGUGAGGAAAGUUAGGAUUGUGUAUUGAUUUGUAAGGGGAGAUUGAGAUUUUUGGCCGGCGAAGAAAACAAUCGGUUGGUUCUGCACUAAGAGGAUGCCUUUUUGAAGGGAAAAGAUAUCACAGCGGAGAACUGAAGAUCCCUGUUAAGGAGAGGGAAAUAGGGGAUUCCCCAUCUCCAGUUUUGUCUUAAUACCUUGUCAAGCAAACGCUUUGGUUCAGCGAGCAGUGGGAGUUCUUUGAACUUUGGGCCUUCGAGGAAUUUCUGCUUUUCCUCCCUGAAAGAUGAGCUGCAUCGAUAAUUGUAGAGACGGUAAAAUUGAUGAAGAGGAGUUCCGGCGCCCAUGUGGGAACAGAGUGGCGGAUGACUCUCUUACUCUGGGCCGGCACGCUUUUGGGAAAAAUGGUACUUAUCCGUCUUCACAGCUUGAUAUCGAUGAGAAGCUAUUGAUUGAUCCAAAAUUACUUUAUAUCGGAGCCAAGAUUGGAGAGGGAGCGCAUGGAAAAGUCUAUGAGGGGAAGUACCACGAUCAAAUUGUUGCUAUCAAGGUUCUCAAUAGUGGUAGCAUUCCUGAGGAGAAGGUGACUCUUCAGGCUCGCUUUAUUCGAGAAAUAAAUAUGAUGUCGAGGGUUCAGCAUGAUAAUCUUGUAAAGUUUGUUGGUGCCUGCAAGGAUCCCUUUAUGGUGAUUGCCACAGAGCUUCUUCCGGGAAUGUCAUUGAAGAAAUAUUUGAGCAGCAUGCGCCCCAAACAACUAGAUACUCAUACAGCAAUAAGCUUUGCACUUGAUAUUGCUCGUGCGAUGGACUGCUUACAUGCUAAUGGAAUUAUACACAGAGACUUGAAACCUGAUAAUCUGUUGCUUACUGCAAAUCAGAAGAAUGUGAAGCUUAUUGAUUUUGGACUUGCAAGAGAAGAAACAGUUACUGAGAUGAUGACAGCUGAAACUGGGACUUAUAGAUGGAUGGCUCCUGAGUUAUAUAGUACUGUGACUUUGCGUCGCGGUGAGAAGAAGCACUACACCAACAAGGUUGAUGUGUACAGCUUUGGCAUUGUCUUAUGGGAGUUGUUGACCAACCGAAUGCCUUUUGAAGGCAUGUCUAACUUGCAGGCUGCAUAUGCUGCAGCUUUUAAGCAAAUGCGACCGCCACUACCGGACGAUGCUCCGCCAGAGCUGGUGUUCAUAGUGCAAUCCUGCUGGGUGGAGGAUCCCAACACGCGGCCCAGCUUCAGCCAGAUUAUUAGGAUGCUGAACGCCUUCCUUUACACUCUCCCACCACCGCCGUCAUCAGAACCAGAACCGGAGACCAGUUUUCCAUCAGCGAUGAGCACAAGGGGCGCCAUCACGGCGACGUCUGCACGCAGAGGCGGCAAGUUAUCUGCUCUCCGUAAGCUCUUUGCUGCAAAGAAGGAAAGCAGCAGAAGUGCAUAAGCAAUCAAUAGAGAUUAGUGGUUUUCUAGAAGUCCAGCAAAAGGACUGAUGAAUUAUAGACAACAUGUAUUACAGCAGAAAUCAUGCUCUUUUUGGCAAAUGUAAGAAAAACUAGUCAAGUCCAAUAUUUAUAGCUAAUCUGAUAUUCUAACUCA